AUGGUGUCGCCGCCGGUUGGGCUCGCCGCACCGCACGCCGGUGUAGCGAAGCAGACGGAGUGCCUCAUUAACGAGAUGAUCCGCUCGGGCAACUACAAGGCACUGCUGAACGCUGUGAAGGGAUUCCGCAACGGCUUCGUGUACGGCGCCCGCAUUCGCGCCCCGCACGCUCUGGUGCUGAACCUCGUGUGGAGCAACGCGCCGUACCGCGUGAUGGCGCGCAGGAUAUACGAGGCGACGAAGCGCCACAGCCUCUCACUCGGCGCCACUGGCUGCGUCAUCUCGCUGGUGCGCUCGCUGCUGUCGUGGCUCCAGGGCGGCCCGCAGGUGUGGCACAGCGCGCUCGCCGGGUUUCUUGUCGGCGUGCUUUUCUGGGGCGAGUCGAACCCCGUCACGGUGCAGAUGAGCAUGUACAUCCUCUCACGCAUCCUGAGCGCGAUGCUGUUCAUCCUCGCCGGGAAGUACGGCUGGAAGCUGCCGGCGGGGGCGUUCCGCGUUUACUCUGGCGUGCUGUGGAUGAUUGUGAUGCCGCUCUUCUUCUACUACGGCGACGCGAUGCAGGUGUCGAUGCGCAACUCCAUGAAAUACAUUUACCAAGAUAACGAGAAGUACACGAGCUGGUAUGAUUUGCUUUGUGUCAAUAGCAGCACUUCGUUUUAG